AACAUGACAUGAAUCCAACGGAAGGAACAAAGUGAAAGAACCGAAGCAAAGAAAACCACAACAAAAACAACAUCAACAAAACAACGUUGUCUAAUUUCAGUGUUUUUUUAAUGUUAAUUUUCUAAUUUCUAAAAUCUAAAUUACCACAUUAUUAGUUUGCCGUUGAAACCGCGAAAUUCCCUCUCUCGUAUCUCCUCUCUACUCUUUUAUUCCUUCUUCUCUUUUUCUUCAUCUUCAUUUCCCUCUAUUCUUUCACCGACCCUUUUAUUAAUAUGCCAAUUGGGUCGGCAAGAAACUAAAGAGCCUCGUCUCUUUCAAUUCCCUUUCUUUCACCUCUUUUUGCUUUUGUUUUCUUCGUCUUUUGUUGCUUUUUAUCGAAGCAAUGGAUCGUGUAAGAGGGUUGAUUCUUGUUAUUUUCACCUUGUUUCUUCUUCUUGUUGAUGCUUCUGAUUUGGUUUUCCCUGUUGAGCGUAAAUUCAAAGGACCUCAUCAGAGUUUGGAUGCAAUCAAAACUCAUGAUGCUAAUCGACGUGGGAGAUUUCUAUCUGCUGUUGAGGUUCCUCUUGGUGGCAAUGGUCUUCCUUCUUCAACUGGGCUGUAUUAUACCAAAAUAGGGCUUGGCUCUCCUGCCAAGGACUUCUAUGUACAAGUUGACACAGGAAGUGACAUUCUUUGGGUGAAUUGUGUAGGCUGCACAGCAUGUCCCAAGAAGAGUGGUCUUGGUAUGGAUUUAACCCUCUAUGACCCAAAAGCCUCGCUAACUGCAAGUGUGGUACCUUGCGAUGAUGAAUUUUGUACGUCCACAUAUGAUGGUCCAAUUUCUGGAUGCAAGCAAGAGAUGUCCUGUCCGUACGGCAUAACUUAUGGAGAUGGAAGUACAACCUCUGGUUCCUAUGUGAAGGAUGCUCUUACAUUCAGCCGAAUAAGUGGUAAUCUCCGCACCUCACCAGAUAAUAGCAGUGUGGUUUUCGGGUGCGGCGCAAAACAAUCCGGGACAUUGAGUUCAUCGUCUGAUGAAGCCCUUGAUGGAAUUAUUGGUUUUGGACAAUCAAAUUCUUCUGUACUUUCACAGCUUGCUACAUCUGGAAAGGUGAAAAGGAUAUUUUCGCACUGCCUUGAUAGUAUCAAUGGAGGAGGAAUAUUUUCCAUAGGACAAGUGGUGGAGCCAAAAUUUAACACUACUCCAUUGGUACCAAGAAUGGCACACUACAAUGUGAUCUUGAAGGACAUGGAGGUUGAUGGGGAUUCUAUACAGCUCCCUACAGAUAUAUUUGAUACUGGAAGUGGAAGAGGAACAAUAAUAGAUAGCGGUACCACAUUGGCUUAUCUUCCAGCUUCGAUUUACAACCAGAUAGUAACGAAGAUUUUGGCUCGGCAACCGGGACUAAAAUUGUACCUUGUUGAGGAGCAGUUUACUUGUUUUCAUUUUUCUGACAAUUUUGAUGAAGGAUUUCCAGUUGUCAAGUUUCACUUUGAUGGGCUUUCUCUGAUAGUUUAUCCUCAUGACUACCUGUUCUUGUAUAAAAACGAUAUUUAUUGUAUUGGCUGGCAGAAAAGUAACACACAGACUAAGGAUGGAAAAGACCUGAUUCUUCUUGGAGAUUUGGUGCUGUCGAACAAAAUAGUUGUAUAUGAUCUUGAUAACAUGACGAUUGGUUGGACUGAUUUCAAUUGUUCUUCCAGCAUUAAAGUGAAGGAUCAACAGAGUGGAACUGUAUAUACAGUGGGUGCACAAGAUCUUUCUUCAGCUUCCACUGUGUUUAUUGGAAGAAUAUUGACAUUCUUUUUGUUGAUUAUUGCCAUGCUAAGCACUUAAAUGACUAGUUUUUUUUCUUUCUAUAUAUGAGGAAUGACAUUUAUUUCA